CACUUGAUCUCUCUUGGAAUUAUGAUUUCUCUUGGAAUUAUGGCUUGAGAAUAGAAACGCCUAGUUUGAAAAGGCUUGUUCAAAACCUAACCCAUCUGACUGAACUUGUUUUGGAUAAGGUUAACAUGUCUUCUGUUUCACCUAAUUCUUUCAUGAAUUUGUCUUCCUCUUUGACAUCUCUUAGUCUUUCUAAAUGUGGAUUGAAAGGGAGAUUCCCAGAUAAUAUAUUCCACCUCCCAAACCUCCAGCUGCUUGAGGUAGGUUACAACUACAAUCUCACCGGUUCCCUUCCAACGUAUAACUGGAGUACUCCUCUCAAGUCCUUGGGUCUCUCUAGUACUGGAUUCCCAAUUGACAUACCUAAUUCUAUCAGCAAUCUCAAGUCCUUAAAAGAAUUGUACCUUCGUAAUUGCAGUUUCAUAGGUUCACCGUAUCCAACAUUUCUUUCAAACCUCACACAAAUAACUUCUUUGGGCCUCUCAUAUAAUAACUUUGGUGGUCAGUUUCCAUGGUCCCUCCUAAACAAUGCAGGACUUACUUAUUUAGGUCUCUCAGGCAACAAUUUCAUAGGUCAACUUCCAAAUCUUUCAACAAACUGGACAAAAGUUUCUUCUUCAAACAGGUCUUCCAAUAGUCAGUUAGUAAGUCAAAUUCCUUCCAAAUUGGUAUUUCUCUCUUUGUCUUAUAACUUAUUGAACGGCACUAUACCAUCUUGGGUGUAUGACAUACCAUCUUUGCAGUACUUAUUUCUACAAUAUAACCAACUGACUGGGCAUAUUGGUGAAUUCCUGCAUAACUCAUUGGUUUUUCUUCAGUUGAAUAAUAACAAACUACAUGGUCCCCUUCCAUUGUCAAUCUCUAAAUUGGUGAGCCUUUAUCAACUAAGUGUUUCCUUCAAUAAUUUAAGUGGCAAUGUGGAGUCAAAAAUAUUCUCAAAACUCAAAAGUCUUGAAUAUCUUGAUAUGUCAAAUAACCCUCAUCUAUCACCAAGCUCCUUCACCCUCGCCACCAAUAUCUUGCCCAACAUUUCCUUUUUACAGUUGUCUUCUUCCAACAUAACUGAAAUUCCACACUUUUUACGAACUGCAGAAAAUAUAGGAUACUUAGACCUUUCCAAAAACCAAAUCAAAGGCAAUAUUCCGAAGUGGUUUUUGGAGGUGGGGAAGGAUUCAUUGUUCAAUUUGAAUCUUUCAUACAACUUCUUGACAAGUGUAGGACACCUUCCGUGGAAGAACUUGGAAUAUCUUGAUUUUCGUUCUAACUUGCUUCAAGGACCACUUCCAAUACCUCCACUAGGCAUAUCUUUCUUUUCAGUCACAAGGAAUAAAAUAACUGGACAAAUCUCUUCCUUGAUUUGCAAUCUCAGUUCUAUUAAGUACCUUGAUUUGUCUUAUAAUCACUUGAGUAACAUGAUUCCUCCAUGUUUUGGAAACUUUAGUGACAAUCUCAUGGAUCUGAAUUUACAAAAUAACAAUCUUAACGGCACCCUCCCAAUGAAAUUUGCAAAGGGAUGUCGCUUGAGAAGUCUUAAACUCAAUGGCAACCAAUUUGAAGGGUCAUUGCCACAAUCAUUGGUCCGUUGUAGAAAUUUGGAAGUUCUAGAUUUUGGUAACAACAAGAUUAAUAGCACCUUCCCUCGUUGGUUGGAAACUCUUCCAAAGUUGCGGGUUCUUAUCUUGCGAUCAAACAACUUUCAUGGUGCCUUAGGAAACCCCAAGACCAAAUUCCCAUUCCCAAAUUUGCGAAUCAUAGAUCUCUCUCACAAUGAGUUCCAUGGGCAUUUGCCGACAAACCUUUUCAAGUAUUUAAAAGCCAUGAUGAAUGUGAGUGCGGACAAAGGUGAAUUGAAAUAUAUGGGUGAUGAUUAUUAUCAAGAUUCCGUGACAGUGGUGAUGAAAGGGUUUUUCAUUGAUUUGGUAAAAAUCCAAAGUCUAUUCACAACCAUUGAUUUCUCCAACAAUAAUUUCAAAGGAGAAAUUCCAAAGGUAAUUGGAGAGCUUCGAUCAUUGAAGGGGCUUAAUUUUUCACACAAUAAUCUUACAGGUUCUAUGCCUCAAUCGUUGGGAAAUUUAACCAAUCUUGAAUGGCUAGAUCUCUCCUCAAACAAGCUCACAGGUGAAAUUCCUAUUCAAUUGGUAGAUCUCACAAUGCUAGCAUUUUUAAACCUAUCAGAAAAUUAUCUUUUUGGACAUAUACCCCAAGGUAAACAAUUCAAUACCUUUAUGAAUGAUUCUUACUAUGGGAACCGUGGGUUAUGUGGAUUUCCAAUGACAAAAGCUUGUGGCAAUGAUGAGGGACAACAACCAUCACCAUCAUCAACCCUUCAAGAAGAUGAUUUUGAAUUUGAAAAUGGGUUUCAUUGGAAAGUUGUAUUGUUGGGGUAUGGCUGUGGAUUCAUGUUUGGAUUGGGUUUGGGUUAUCUUGUGUUCUCAAGUGGAAAACCGAAAUGGCUAGUGAAUAUUGUUUAUGGAGGAAGACAUAACAAGUUACAAAGAUCCUAGAAGAAUGCUCGUGGAUGAACUCAUUGAAGAAGAAUCUAAUGGAUACAAAUACUAGAUUAAAGAUCUUGUUGGUUGGAUUGCAUGAAGAGUAAUUAUUUAUUUAUUUAUUUAUUGAAGAGCGGUGUUAAUUACCCUAGUGCUACCUAGGAUGCUUGGAGGAGUAGACUAAUGUCCUCUAUAUUUUCAAUUAGAUAAGAUUCUAAAGUUACAUAUUGAUUGUGGGGAAAGCUUAGAAACUUAAUAAAUUGAAUAUAUGUUCCUAGUGUUUUUUGCUGUAUUGGUUUCCACAAAUUGUUACAUACACCUUUACUAGUUGUUUCAGGGAAUUUUUGGUUAUGGUUUUUCAGGUCUAAAAUUUCAAAAAAUUAAAAAAAAAUGAAAUACUUUUCUUAUCCCAAAUUCAGUUAAACUAACAAUAAAGAACAGCUCUUAGUAAUUCUUUUUGUUGGAGUGCUCUUAUGUACAGGCUGGUGGCCCUUUCUAUCUCUCUAACAGGAUGGAGGGACAGCAUUCAUUCAUAAUUUAGAUCACUGGCUGACAUUCCAUGACUAGAUGAUGAUAAAAAAUUGGCUAUGGUGCUUCAGUCCUUUUUGAUGACAGCAAUUUUAACAAAAACCAUUUCAGACCUUGAGGGUUUUCAAUAAAAUUGAUUUCAUCAAGGAGGAGCUUGAAAAGGCUUGUCUAGGGGUAGUUUCAUGCGCUGAUAUUGUUUCUAUUGCCACAAGAGAUGGCAUUAUGCUGGUCUGUUCUUGAUCCUUAAUCUUCCUAUUCUCUCUCUCUUUAAAGAUAUUUUUGUUAAUAUCCAGAGUCCUUUAGCAAAACUUUAAGGUUUAGGAUUUGAUGAUUGUUUGUGGACAAUGAUUCUUGAAUGAAACUUGGGUAAAAUGUAGGAAACAGACUUUAAAAGAGUUGGUAUCUCUUUACAUUUUUUUAUGUCGAGAGGAGUCUAUAAAGUAAAUAUUAGUUGUGGGGAAAGAUUAGAAAGUUAAUGAAUUGAGAAUAUGUUCCUAGUGGUUUUUUCUGUUUUGGUUUCCACAGAUUGUGAGUCACCUUUAAUUAGCCAACUAUUUGUUUCAAGCACUUUUUGAUUAUGGUUUUUUAGGUCGAAAACUUAAAAAAGGAAAAGAAGAAGAAAAAGAAAGAAAGAAAAGAGAAAUACUUUUCUUAUUCCAAAUUCUGAUGAACUGACAGUAAAGAACAACUCUUGGGAAGUUUGAUGAUGUGCUUGGGCCCAAAUGCAGUUAGUUGGCCACCUUUCAUUGCGUGUGCAGCAGCUGGAUGUUUGAUGUGAAACAAAGACAAAAG